AUAAUAAUAAUAAUAAUAAUAAUAAUAAUAAUAAUAAUAAAAACCCACAUUUUAUAUACAAAACAUUUUUUUGUGCAAGAAGGGCAGAUAGAAUUAACAGUUGGCAUAGCAGCCAAUGUAUUUAAAAUGCAUCGUUUUAAAAUUUAAUAUUUAAAAUUGAAAUACUAUUUUGUGACUUAAGCCUUAUAAUCUAUAAGUCUAAUUGAAAAAGGGUAGUAUACAUUGCUACGUACGGCUGGAUAAUAUUUAGAAAUCAAUCACUUUUUCCAGAAACUCUUCAACAUGUUCAAAAGGGACCCUGAAAGAUCUAAGUUAGUGCAUGACAAACAAGCCAAUAUGUACUCCGUCACUCUCGGAAGCAUGUCCAUUGAAGACCUUGAAAAAGCUCCCUGUGACAAGGAUGGCAUUCUCAAUAACCACUGUCAUGAUAAGAACAGAGCUUCAGAAGACCGAAAAAUAGAGCAAAAACUAGCAAAGCAGAGGCUUUGGAUAGUUUCCGCCGUUUGUAUGGUUUUUAUGAUUGGUGAGAUAGUUGGUGGAUACAUUGCAGGAAGUCUGGCCGUGAUGACUGAUGCAGCCCAUCUUCUGGUGGACUUUGCCAGUUUCAUGAUCAGUUUGUGUUCAUUGUGGCUGUCCUCCAGGCCUGCCACAAAGAGAUUGAACUAUGGGUGGCACAGAGCCGAAAUCCUUGGUGCCUUGCUAUCAAUUUUUACAAUCUGGCUUGUGACAGGGGUACUGGUGUACCUGGCAUGUGAAAGACUGAUAAGUAAUAAUUACACCAUAGAUGGGACAGUAAUGCUUAUCACCUCAGGCUGUGCUGUAUUAGCAAACAUUAUAAUGGGAUUAACACUUCAUCAGACUGGCCAUGGUCACAGCCAUGUAGGGGGAAGCAGCCAUGGACAUGGGCACAGCCAUGGCAAAAGAAGUAUGGAAGAAUCGGGUCACCUCCCCCAGGAUAACGCUAGUGUGAGAGCAGCUUUUAUUCAUGUGUUGGGCGACCUUUUACAGAGCUUCAGUGUGCUCAUCAGUGCAAUCAUCAUUUUCUUCAAGCCAGAAUACAAAAUAGCAGAUCCUAUUUGCACAUUUCUAUUCUCCCUCUUUGUGCUGGUGACAACUUUUACAAUUCUUCGGGAUAUCUUACUGGUUUUAAUGGAAGGAGCCCCAAUAGGGAUUAAGUAUAAUGCAGUAAGAGACAGGAUUCUCAUGGUGAAAGGAGUGAAAGCAAUUCACAACAUGUAUAUCUGGGCACUUACAAUGAAUCAGGUUGUUCUCUCAGCUCAUGUUGUUCUGGAUGACACAGUGAAUCCUCAGCCAGCACUGAAAGAAGUCACCGAAGCCUGUUUCGACAAUUUCGGCUUUCAUUCUGUGACCAUUCAAGUGGAGCAACAAUUAGACCAGAACCCAGAUUGUGUCUAUUGUCAAGACCCCAAAGACUAAACCUGCUCAUAUUUGUUAUUGUUUGGUAUGCACGUGAAAUGGAACUUACAUUUCAUGUUGUCUUUUACAAAAAGAGUCUCAAAUAAUGUACACUACCUGUAGCAGCCAAUAAUGUAAUAACUACCGUUAAUGUAAUAACUGCCAAUAAUGUAAUAAAUUUUCCAUUCUUAAUGUAAUAAAAGUUGAUAAUGUAAUAACUUACCAAUAAUGUAAUAAAAUUUCUGAACCAAUAACGUAAUAACUUUUUGCCCAUAAUGUAAUAAGUUCUUACAUUAUUGGCUGGCUAUUACAUUAUUGGCUGGGUUAAUAAAAAAAUAAUUACAAUUGUAAUAAUUGGAGCCGAUAAUGUAAUAAUAUACUUAUAUCACUGUGUGUUUAAGUUUUAUUUAUUAAGUGUCAGACUUCCAUAACACUUACCCUUACUGUUGCUUCUUUCAAAUAGCUGCUCAAAAACCUGACCAAUCCUGACCCCUGAAUCUUAGUCCUAACUCUGAGAAAACACACACAUCUCUCUCUCUCUCUCUCUCUCUCUCUCUCUCUCUCUCAGAAUUAAGACUAUUUAUUUGUUUGUAGACUUAUCUCCAGCCCUGCCUUCUACUCCUUAGCCAUUUGAGUACCAAAUGAAGUGGGAGCACACAUGUUUGCAAACACAGACAAUUACUCUUAUGUUGUAUAAUAUGAAAUCUAUGCCUCUUUGAAUAUGCUGUGUUCUCAAAUAAAAAAUACCACCAUUUCUUUCCAUGAAAAAUAUAAUCUUUAAUCAAGUGUAUUUAAAUAACUUAUUGAACCAAACUGGCACUAUUAUCCCUUGUGCUCAACUUUCAACCUCUUAAUGCAAAAUUCUAAACUAUAAAAUAUAGCAUAACAUGACCUAC